AUGACGGUGGCGUUCCUGGUGGACGUGCCUGCGUUGUCCAUCGUCUUCACUACUCUGUACGUGAUCGCAUUCGGUGUGACGCUGGAUCGUCUCGUGUGGGUGAUCACAGCCGACCUGGUCCCGGUCUUGGGUCGAGUGCCGUCCCUGGAGAAUUAG